AUGAAUCAGAAGCCAGUAAAGUGCGCUCCACCUGAUAUUCUAUACAGUGCCGACGACGAUACAAGCACUGUGACUGCGCUCUGCCAAAAAAGACGAAAAAUCGCUUUAACGAUGCCGCAAUUAUUGACAACGCUAAAAACCUUGUUGAACGGCUCGGUGCCCUCGCCAGAAUCAAUCCGCAAUGGCGCAGCAGGAUCAAAAUCUGCGAAAGAAAGCGACGUCUGA